AUUGGACUUCCAGCAGCUAAAUACUUCUGAGGAUUCAGAAGGCCACAAAGCUAGAUACACAAGCACACUUUUUCCCUUCAAAAGAUUCUUCAAGUUUCCAGUUUAAGCUGUGAAGUGCAAACAACAAUCCAACAUUCAGUGCAGAUCAGGCACUGCAGAAGAGGAGAUGUGUUUUCUGACCAGGCAUCCAGCUCUUGGGGUGGUAUGUUCUGCUUUCAUAUUCAGCCUGCUCAUUGCUGAAGGCCAGCCUGGGGAAGAGCAUGGGCAGGAUGGCAGCAAUCCUCCCAGCAGAGGCUCUCUGGUGGAAGUUUUACGCAUUCUCUCAGCUGAAAACACUGAGCUCCACAUGAACCACUCACGAGAACUGGUCAAGGUGUUACUGGAGAGAGCUGAGUGCCCACAGCGGAUUUAUGGCAUGCAAGAGGAUUGUAAUCUGUGCCUUGAACCAGAUGCUUUGUUAAUAAUAGCUGGAGGACAUUUAGAAGACCAUCUCAGUGAAGAAGUAUUUGAGAGAAUUUCUCUUAUUCUUCUCUACUACAUUCUUCAUCGUAGAGAUAUGUGUUCUUCAGAAUUCAGCUUGAAUGAUAAGGAUUAUAAAUUUUACCUACAGAGUAUGCUUAGUUUAAGACAUGAUGAAGACUGUUAUUAUUUUUCACGGAAUGAAACUGAAGAUAUUUUAGCUGCAGUAAGGCAGCAUUUUAAAACUUCUGAAAACCAGUGUGUUGAUGUGAGCACUCUGGAGAAAAAUGCUGAUAUAAUGGACAGAGAUGGUGCUGAUGAAAACACUCUUCCACGCCUGGCUGCUUUAAUCCUUACUCUGGCUCUACAAGGAGUCUGUAUGGGGAAAGCAAGUUUGCCUUCCCCAGAUUUCUUUAUAAAAUAUAUUUUCAGUUCUCUAAAUAGUACCACUGAGCUACAAGUGACAGAACUAGAACAACUACUAAAUGUGCUUACAGCCAAAAAGACCUGCACUGUAAAUGGACAAUUUCACAGUCACAAAAGAAGACGUUACAGUUUGGCAAUCAGAGAUACUGGAAGAAGAAAUACUCCAGUCAAAGGAAAUCGUACAAAGGGAGACUAUCUGAAAGGCUAUUUUGAAGAUGGUGAAAGGAACACAGAUUGGGACCAGGUUUGUUUCUCUGCCAAUGAACUUGUGAAGAUAUUUUUGAAAAACAGUUCUUCCUCCAUUUCUAAGGACCACUUCAAGCAAAUCAGUCCAGCUAUCAUUCAACAAAUUUUAAGUUGUUCAUGUCAGCUUCCUGACUUCAAGCAGGCAAAGCUACCACCAACAACUGUGGAAAAAUAUGGUUACAGCACUGUUGCUGUUUUACUUAUUACUAUUGGAUCUAUGUUUGGUACAACUCUCAUUUUAUUUAACUCCUGUCAAGAAAUCUAUACACUCAUUUUACAGCUGUUUGUUGGCUUGGCUGUUGGAACCCUUUCUGGAGAUGCAUUGCUACAUCUUAUUCCUCAGACUCUUGGUUUGCAUAAACAUGAAGCACAAGACAUAGAGCAUUUCUAUGAGGGAAAAGAAUAUAUUUGGAAGCUUUUGGGCAUAAUUGGAGGAAUUCAUGGAUUUUUUCUCAUAGAAAAGUGUUUUUUUCUUUUGGUAACACCUCAUGACCAGAGAAGCCCAGAAGAUUCUGAACCUGCUGAAGUUCCUCCAGAGAGCAAGGUGAUCAGCAAAAAAAGUAAAAAAAUCAGCUUGUUAGCAAUAAUGGUUCUGGUGGGUGACAGUCUUCACAAUUUUGCUGAUGGCUUGGUAAUAGGAGCAGCAUUCUCAUCCUCAACAGAAGCAGGUGUGACAACGACUGUUGCUAUUUUAUGCCAUGAAAUUCCUCAUGAAAUGGGAGAUUUUGCUGUGCUGCUAAGUACAGGGCUCCCCACGAAGACUGCAAUUUUGAUGAAUUUUAUAAGUGCACUAACAGCAUUCUUAGGACUUUAUAUUGGCCUUUCUCUGUCAACUGACCCAUCCAUUCAAAACUGGAUCUUUACUAUUACAGCUGGAAUGUUCUUGUAUUUGUCUUUAGCAGAAAUGCUUCCUGAAAUGACUCACAUUCAGACACGGCGACCCUGGUUGAUGUUUCUCCUACAGAACCUUGGAUUACUAUUAGGCUGGCUUUGCCUCUUACUUUUGGCUGUAUUUGAACAGAAAAUUAAAAUAUAAGUUUUCUGUUGGAAAUCUCAAAGUACCACUUAUGACAGUGGAUAGCAUUAUUCACAAUUUUGUCAUGUCUGCCAUAGUGAUAUAUAAAUUAAGUUGCUGGGAUUUUAUAUCUGAAUAGUAGAUAACUAUUUUACUUUAUUAACUUAUUGUUCAGAUUUUUGUAAUUAUUUUUUUGUAAACAUGAAUGUUUAGAAUUAUGUUUUAUUUGUUUCUGAGUUUACCAGAUCCCAUGCUCAAACUCACAGGAGCUUUUAAUUAGUUUUUAUUGAGACUGUUCUAGUUGAAUGCUCUAAGUGAUCUCUGCCAGUCUGAUUGAAGAAAAUAAUAAAACACUUUUAUAUGCAAUAAUUAAAGUGGACUAACCAUAGU